CUCUACAUAAUCGGCAUCUUAAUUUUCACGAGUGGUUUCUUACUGAGAAGGACAGUAGUUGAGGAGACCAGCAAGUGUUCAUCAUCAUGGUCACCUGGAACAUCUUCAUUUUUAAAGUCACAUUGCGGUAAUAGUGGCAAGUUUUCAAAGGCGGUUCUACUCAUAAUUGAUGCUUUGCGAUAUGAUUUUUUAACUUUUAAUGAUAGCUCAGAAGUAAAAUUAAAUUUACCAUAUCAGAACAAUUUCAACCAUGUGAAUUCUCUAUUAAAAAGCCAGCCAAAUAAUGCUAAACUUUUCAAAUUUGUGGCCGACCCGCCAACUACAACUUUGCAAAGAUUGAAAGGUUUGACAACUGGUAGUUUGCCUACAUUUGUUGAUGCUGGAUCCAACUUUAAUAAAGAAGAAAUAACUGAAGACAAUUUCAUAGAUCAGUUAGUUCACAAUAACAAAUCAAUAGCUUUUGUUGGGGAUGACACAUGGAUGGGUCUGUUUCCUAAUCGGUUCAGUGAUGUUCAUUCAUUUCCAUCAUUCAAUGUGAAAGACUUGGAUACAGUUGACAAUGGGGUGAUAGAAAACUUUGAUAGACUAAUUCGUUUCACAAACUGGACUCUGUUGGUUGGUCACAUGUUGGGCAUUGAUCACUGUGGUCACACAUUCGGUCCUCAUCACAUCAAAAUGAAGGAAAAACUCAUUCAGAUGGAUAAUUUCAUCAGAAAUAUAACUGAAAGUUUGAAUAAUGAUACAAUACUGUUUGUGAUGGGUGAUCAUGGGAUGACAAAGACAGGAGACCAUGGAGGAGAUAGUGAUGAAGAGGUUGAUGCUGGUCUCUUUGUUUACAGCAAACUGCCAUUUAGUCGUCACCAAAAUAAGAUAUCAACUAUUUCUCAAGUCGAUCUAGUGCCCACCUUCUCAUUAUUGCUGGGCCUACCCAUUCCCUAUCAGAAUUUAGGCAUUGUCAUUCCUGAAUUGUUUCCAUCUGAGGAUGAUAAUUUGUCUGAUGACAGCAAGCAUGCAUCAUCAAGCACCGAAUUUCAAGCUCUCGUGGUUCUAUAUGCCAAUGCAGAGCAGAUAGCAGAUUAUGUUGAAAAGUAUUUAAACAUUUCAGGGUCAUCACCAAAAUUGCAGGAAUUGUUAAUUUCUUAUGAAAAAUUAAAAGCUGACUGUUUCUAUUUUAUUGAAAGUAUCAGGAGCAAACAUCAUGUAAUUGAUAACGCUAAAAUGAAAAAAUUGAUCAAGAAUUUAUUGAAGUUUAUGACAUCAGUACGAAAUGUUUUGAAAGAACAAUGGGCUAAAUUUGAUACAACUUUAAUGUUCAUUGGGAUUUUGUUCAUAAUAUUAACUGUGCUUUUAAAUUUGAGAAAUGUUCCAACAGACAUGAUCAUUGCGCUACUGCUUCUAGCAUCUCAGCAUUUCUAUUCAGUAGGUCACCACCCUACCAUUUCUUCCAUAAAAUGGGAUUCGGUCUAUUACAUACUUGAAGGUGACAACAACCCGCACCUUCUGAUAUCUCUCAUACUCUAUUUCAAUACGUUUGCGCCUCAUAUCAUCGUGGCCCUAUCUUUACCACUUUUCAUAUAUUGGCCUCUCACCAAUAAUGCAACUGGUUCCAGAGCAGGCUCCAAGAAACAGAGCGAAGUAGAGAGUGUUACGGAUGCAACAGUGAGGAAUUCAUCUGGUAGUGAUGCUACCAGCAAUGAUGGUCAUGCGGAUAAUAUCAAAGGGGAGUAUGUACUUAACGAUGAUAAUGAAAAGACCAGAUCCUUAUUUCAUCAGCUAUGUUUCAAGGCAAUCCUCUUUCUGUCUCUGAAGGUGCUUGCCAUGAUGCUAUGCGUUACCAUCCAUAGACGACACCUCAUGGUUUGGAAGAUUUUCGCCCCGAGAUUCAUCUACGAGAUUGCCGGCUUCUUGGUUUUUUCUAUCACCAUCAUUUUCGAUUACCUGUUUUUGCUCAGGACCAAAAGAGCAGUUGAUAGAUUUGUUAAUAAAAUA